UUUCUUCCCUUGCCCAUUUCUGCAGUUAGUAUAGAGAGAAAUCAGACACUGGCAAUGACAGACAAAAUCAGAAUAAAAAAGAAAAUAAAUGAUAAUAGCAACACGUGCGCAAAGGCUGCUUUCCUCCAUUCAGUCCUGCGUGGAGCAGCAGACGCACACGUGUAGCGCAGACUCUCAGAUUAUAGUGCGGUUAGGAGCUGAAUGCUUGGAUUUUAUUAAUGGUGUCUCAGGAAAACUUCACAGAGGCUUCAUAGCGAGCUGAAACAAAAAGAGAGAGAAAGGAGAGAGAGAGAGAGAGAGAGAGAGAGAGAGAGAGAGAGGAGGUUGCGGCAACCUCUGCCAUAGGUGUUCAAAUGUCUCCCCUGUUUUGAUUUAGAGCUCCGUCCACAGACACAUCUGCCCGCAUUCAAAGACAAAGUUUAUUUAACGUAUCACUUUCACCGUGAAAUAUAGAACAAAACUGCGGAUAGUCUGAUUUACAGAGGGAUGGAGGCAUGGCCAGAUGAAAGUCUGAAGUGUAGGCGUGAACUAAAAGCGCUCUAAAACAUGCCAUCGCGUAACUUUUAAAGACAGCAAACCUCGUUCCAGAGAGCCGUAGUCAAAAUGUGUGCAGAAAUAAUUCACAACUCGGACAAAAAGUAAAACCCCCCUCCACGCCAUCUGUGGCAUUACUGGGAAAGCAAAACACACAACACUAUUCUAGAGCAGGCUAUACGCAGCUAUGGCUGUGCACAACGCAGGCAGCCAUCCUGUAAAUAUUUCCGAGCAGAAAAACAUAACAGCGGAGCGAACACUCAAUUGUUUUCCCUGCUUAUCUCUCUCGGACAGUAUCCUGCUUUUUUGAAGGCAGGGCUUUCGGUGACACACAGCUUCCUUCUCACAACCUCCUCAACAGUGGUGACUUCACUUCCCAAAUUUAGAGGACAGAAAAAACUCCAAUCCCGUAAAAGUGUCUCUUUCUCUCCGCCACAUACCGGGGACUGGGAUUAAUUCAGGAGCGUGUCAUGUUUGGGAUAUUGUCGGGGUCCGCUGAAAAUUGCGCAAAAUGGACGGAACUAUUAAGGAGGCGCUAUCAGUGGUGAGUGAAGACCAGUCCCUAUUUGAGCCUCCGUACGCUGCUGCUGCCCCUCUCCCCAAGACAGACAUGACUGCAUCUGGCACACAGGACUAUGGCCAAACCCACAAAAUCAACCCCCUGCCCCCACAGCAGGAGUGGAUCAACCAACCUGUUCGGGUCAACGUCAAGCGAGAAUACGAGCACAUGAACGGAUCCAGCAGGGAGUCUCCGGUGGACUGCAGUGUGGGUAAAUGUAACAAGCUGGUGGGGGGUAAUGACACCUCUCAGAUGACCUAUGGAAGCUACAUGGAUGAGAAGAACGCUCCUCCACCCAACAUGACCACCAAUGAGCGGAGGGUCAUCGUACCUGCAGACCCGUCCCUGUGGUCCCAGGACCAUGUGCGCCAGUGGCUAGAAUGGGCCAUCAAGGAGUACGGCCUGCUAGAGAUCGACACGGCACUGUUUCAAAACACAGACGGCAAAUCGCUCUGCAAGAUGAGCAAGGACGACUUCCUCCGACUCACCACCAUGUACAAUGCAGAAGUGCUUCUCUCUCAUCUCAAUUACCUCAGGGAAAGUAGCUCAUCAUUAUCCUACAAUACACCAUCUCACACGGAUCCAUCACCGCGCCUUGCUGCCAAAGAGGACCCUUCAUACGAUGCUGUGCGGCGGACAGGAUGGUCCAACAACAUGCACAGCGGCAAAGGCUCACCAGUGGUUACCCAGAAUGUGACCAAGUCCACUGAGCAGCCGCGAGCUCAGCCAGAUCCGUACCAGAUUCUGGGUCCCACCAGUAGUCGCCUUGCCAAUCCAGGGUCGGGUCAGAUCCAGCUCUGGCAGUUCCUGCUGGAGCUCCUGUCCGACAGCGCCAACGCCGGCUGCAUCACUUGGGAGGGCACCAACGGAGAGUUCAAGAUGACCGAUCCGGACGAGGUGGCGCGGCGCUGGGGCGAGCGCAAGAGCAAGCCCAACAUGAACUACGACAAGCUGAGCCGGGCGCUGCGCUACUACUACGACAAGAACAUCAUGACCAAGGUGCACGGCAAGCGCUACGCCUACAAGUUCGACUUCCACGGCAUCGCUCAGGCGCUGCAGCCGCACCCCAGCGAGUCCUCCAUGUACAAGUACCCCUCAGAACUAGCCUACGUGCCUUCCUAUCACGCCCACCAGCAGAAGGUCAACUUUGUGUCCCCGCAUCCUCCAUCCAUGCCAGUCACCUCUUCCAACUUCUUUGGACCCACUACUCAGUACUGGAGCUCGCCCACUGCAGGGAUCUACCCCAACCCAAACGUGCCCCGCCACCCUAACACUCACGUCCCGUCCCACCUGGGCAGUUAUUACUGAGACGACCCUUUCUGACCACGCAGCACCCUUGAAAACCUCCCGGUUCCUCCAAAGAAAAUUGCUGACCUGCACUCCCAGUGAUGCCAAACCGAUGAAGACUGAAUUUAAAGAGGCAUUUUGUCCUCUGAGGAAAUUUUUUGCUCCUGAAUGAAGGAUGAUAUAAUUGAAGGACUUUUUUUUUUUUUUGUAAGAUUUUAUAAGCAACUGGAUGCUAUCGUCCAAAAUGGAAUACUACUUAUCUUUACAAGACUAGAAACUGUUGAUGUUGAGUUUCCUGUGUUUUCUCCCCUCCCCCAUUUUCUUGAAAGCUGUACCUACAAGGCAGUGGGUUUUCCCAUCUGAAACAUUCCCAGAGAGAAGUCAGAGUCUAUCUGUGUCCUCGUCCUGCUCCAGAACCAGACAUGGGCCCAUUCCUUAUGGGUCUCAAUCUACAUCCCUCUCAGUACAUUAUGUGCUUUAAGCUUUUUGCUUUUUCCACCCAUCUGCAGCUUUGUUGGGGUUUUGUAUUCCCAAAUCAUCUAGCCUUCUGUUUCCACUGUGUCUGUCUGUUCAUUUUUGCAUAUUUCUAUGUGUGUCGAAGAGUCUUCUGGAAUUCGCUCGACAGCGAGGGGCUCUCAAUGAGAAGGACUCUUCUCAGCACUGAAUGAAAAUUGGCAACUGGAAAAUGCCAUUCGAUAUGCCAUUUUAAUUUAUCCUCCAAACUGGAAGGCUAGAGAAGAGUUGAAUAACGCAGAAGGAAGCGCUGUAUGUUUAGCUGACCUGGGUCAACUCAGGUUUCUGUGCGUCGUGGACGGAGUUCAGGAAGGUGACGUGUGUGUGUGUGUGUGUGUGUGUGUGUGUGUACAGUCGGCUUAAUUGUGCCACGGAAGCUGAGUCAAGAUGAAAUUGCAGUAAUUUGCAAUCAUAAUUCAUUCCAGGUCAGAUGUUUUCAGUGGGCCACACACCAGAGUUUUAAAUGUUUGCCAUGUUGUUGCCUUCCGGCUGUGAUGCCAUUUCCAGAUGUUUUGUUGCUCGACCAUGUCAGUAUUAAUGUGAAUGUCUUGUGGUUUGUGAAACACGUGUUGAAGGGAUAACUUUAAAGCAAAAUCAAAAUUUGUCAGAUGUUUUAAUUAAGAAAAACAUAAACCGUUCAGAAUUGUUUCCUUCGCAAUUAAGAUCAUGACUGUAAAAACACGAAAGCCUCUUUUUCAGAUGUGAUCAAGCCGACAUGUAGAUUUGACCUUCCAUCAAGUCGUGCUCGAUGCUUUUUUUGGCUUUUUUUUCUGGCUUCACUGUUCAUUUAGUUUUAAUAUGUGUUGUUGUGACAAUCCAAGCCCUCAUCCCGAAGGACUUACUGCCGAGCUUUAACUGCUGACUUACAGGCAAGUCGUCAUGAACUAUAUAUUGGUGCAUCUAAAAAAAAAAAAAAAAAAAAAGAUCCAAAUUGGAAAAAAAAAAAAAAAAAAAAAAUUCUUUAAUUCACACAACUUCCAUAUAUUGUAGACAAAACAUAUUAUACCAAAAAUGAAUUAUUCCAAAUAUUUUUAUUCAUUUGAUUACAUUUUCUCACUGCAAAUUUACUUUAAAUCAGAUUCAGGUUCAUGUUAUGAGCUCAGAAAUAACUUUUUUUUUAUAUGCACCUGUAUAAUAUUUCACAAAGAUCUGACAAUUUUUGAUUUUGGAGUGCACUCUGACGAUAGCGGCUGCCAUGAUGUGUCUCUUUCCUCUUUGUAGGCCAGUCAGGACCGUACAGGUCAGCACAGGAGAGCCACUCCACAGCGAGUCUCUUCACUUAGACAGCCAAGUUGCAUUUGUACCAGGGGCUGGAUCCUAAUUUGAGAGCAGCAUGUGUGGUUGAAUGUUAGUUUCUCACUGAUCUUGAAGCCCAGCGAAAAUGCACACAAAUCUCAAAUCAGGAUUUCAUCACCAGCAUGAAACAGCAUGUCAAAAACAUAUCCAUCUUCAGGUGUUCAGAGCUGUUUGAAUCAGAAGCAUUCCUUCAGAGUAACUGAGAAUGAACACUUGAAUAUAAAUUACUUGGGACCAAGUAGUUUGACAGAGAACAAAACCAAUGAAGGAUGAUGAGAUGAGAAAAAAAAAAAAAAAACAGAGAAAUCCUCAGAUUCGCAAACGCUGUGCGUUUGUCAGACCUAUUUUUUAUUAUUUUA